AUGAAAUCAUCUUCCACUGCUCAUCUUCUCGACGUCUCAUCACUUUCAUUCGCGGAUUUAGGAUUUGCGAUUCUGUUUCCUCGCGUUGCCUCAACGGCUCAGCCUCACUUCGCUCGCGCCUUCACCGUCUCAGCUUCCGCCGUGAAAGCACCCUUUGAAAGACGCUAUUCAUUGUCUCCUCUGAUGUGGCUUUAUCUUCGUCGACGACGCGACUACUCCACCGUCUCAAGCCUCAUCGCCUUCUUAUCAAUUAGUUUCUCACUUCUAUUGGAAGACAAGUCUGGCGCGUGUUCAAAACUCAGUUCUUGCAAUGAGGAUAUGAAGAGAAACAUUGAUGAAGAUCAAAAGAAUCGGUAUGGCGAUGUUGAUGAAUACGUGAUUUUUAAAUUGAAGCAGUUGAAAGAAUCAAUUGCAGAAAAUCAAUCGUGCAGAGAUUUUUAUCGAGAGUUUAGAGGUGUUGUUACGAGUUCUUCUUGA